UGUUGUAAAAAUCUUUUAAACUGUUAAUUUUCAGUGACUCCGAGCCUCCCCUGGAGGCCUGCUCGGUGAGUUUCGGGACCGUGUGACCGACCCUCCUUGAGGACGGUGGCCGGCCCGGGUUGGACCGUGUCGGACAGCUGUUCAGCGGUUUUCUGAUCUCUUGACUGGAGGUUUUACUGCAAACCAAGUUAGCUCAACAGCUAAUCCUAAAAGUCACGUCACCUGUGCGGACUCCAAUUAAAAGUUUCGCCGUAGAGCCGGGACAGCCGGGUGAGUUUUAACUGUGUGCAGUUACAAAACUUUGUGUCGAGUGUUUUUUCGCGGGUUUCGUAUUUUAACUCGCUUUCACGCAGCCAUUAAAUUUGGGUAGAGACAGCAGCGAGUGUCGCGCAGCUGCGGAUCUUAAAUGUCGGUCAGACUCUCAGUCACAGUCGGAUAAGGUCUUUUUUCGGAGGGAAAUGCGGUAGAAAGCGGACAGCUUCGGUGUUCAGCCCGCUGACUAGGCGACUCUGGGUUUGCUGGUCGUGAGGCCUGCGGGUCGGGCUUCCACCGGGCUUGAGUAGAGCCCGACGCCGCCGUCAGAGGUUCGGAGGCCGGCUGCUGACGCUGCCGCCUUCGGGCCUGCGAACCAAGGUAUGGAACGGAUGGAGGUGGACCAGUGCGCAGGCGCAGCUGGCGGGACAGGAGGCGGGGCACUCCGCAGGUCGAACAGCGCCCCCAUGAUCACCAGUGUCAGUGAUGGGAUGACGGUCUUCAGUCCUGUGUCCUCGGCUCGAUACAGACGCAGCAGUGUGUCCAUCAACCCCAGCUGCCCUUCACAGCUCGUCCCUCUCUCUCCCUUCUCUCUGACCGGAGACAGACUGGACCAGAAGAGGCAGGAGGAGAACAUGGAGAUGACGCUCAGAGGAAGUCUGCAGAGACUCAGUGCUUCCAGUCUGAUCCCAGUUCCUCCAGUCAGUCAGUGGCACGACCACACAUCAGUGUGGUUUCAGUCGCAGGACAGCGGUGUCACGCCCAACUCCUCCCCCAGUCCCACCAGGAGGUUCAGACCAGCAGUCAGCGCCACUGUGAGGUGGCCGGCGUUAACUCCACUCAAGAGGAAAGGUGGGGUGGAGUCUGACGGACCCCCAAAGAAGCUUUUUGUUGCCGGGGUAACGGAUCCCGCCCACCGCAGCAGCUACACAGUCAGUGCUCUCAGUCUACAGCAGACUCUCCACCAGCAGGAGGCGUCAGUCCUCAGUUCCAGUCCUCUGUCCCUCUCUCCUCCCCCCACCUUCACCCCCUCAGCUCCCACCAGCACCCUGGACACUAACCCCCCCCCCCCCACACCCACCCCACCUCAGCCAGACUCCGGACCCUGUCACUGUGGGUGCAGACCGCCCACCAGCAUCUCCAGAGACCCAAAAACCUGGAGGAACUUCGACCCUCGUUGCACCUUAUUUCUGUUUGAAGCGUCACCGUCAGUCCCUUUACUUCCUGUGAGCAUGUGA